CACUAGAAGACCCUCUUGAUUGGAAUUCCUUGUUUGUGUACAAAUUCGUCUUCGGGCGCUGUUGUUUGAGCACUGCGCUGCCGUUUUUAAUUUUACAGCAAUUUACGUGGGUUAUAUUUUAUUUCAUAUUAAAUUUGUACAAUGGGAUGUGACGGUGGCACGAUUCCUAAAAGACACGAGUUAGUAAAAGGCCCCAAGAAGGUUGAAAAGGUUGACAAAAAUGCAGAGCUAGUAGCACGUUGGAGUUACUGUGCUUUGAGUCAAGAGAAGCUCUGUCGCCCAAUUGUUGCUUGUGAGCUGGGAAGACUCUACAACAAAGAUGCUGUCAUUGAAUACUUAUUAGACAAGUCUGCAGAGAGGCCAAAUUCUGAAGUGGUAGCGCACAUUCGUGGGAUUAAGGACGUCAAGGAACUAAAUCUGACAGAUAAUCCAGCAUGGGAGGGAGAGCGGUCCAACUCCAAGGGAGAUCGUUACGAAGAUCUUCACUGUGCCAAGUUUAUCUGCCCCGUUGUGGGCAUUGAAAUGAAUGGCAAGCAGAAAUUCUGCUACCUGCAGACCUGUGGCUGUGUAUUUUCAGAUCGUGCCCUCAGAGAAGUCAAGACUGAGAUUUGUCACAAGUGUGGUGACCCGUUCCAAGACAGUGACAUCAUCAUACUGAACGGGAGCGAGGAUGAAGUAGUGAAACUGAAGGCCAGAAUGGAAGAGAAGAGAGUGAAAUCUAAAUCUCACAAGAAAUCAAAAGCGAAGAAGACGAAUGGUGCAGCCAGUGCGAUAUCUGGGGAUCCCAAUGAGAAUGCAAGCUCCUCAAAAACCAACACCGCAGAAAUUAAACUAGCGAAGGGGGAAGGUGAAGGUAGCUCAGCUGCUGAGCCCGCUGGCUCCUCCAAGUGCGUCAAACCUGCAACUUCAGCUGGAAGCAAACGGUCCAUCCAAGCCAUGGAAGACAAGUCUGAGGUCUUCAAGUCUCUCUUCACCAGUCAUAGCUCAGCCAAGCGCACAAAGGAGCAGACGUCUAACUGGGUGACUCACACGCCGUACCAUUUCUAACCUGCGCUUUCUCUCAUUUCCCAGGAUAUAGCACAUUUUCUGGGUCACCCUUCGACAAUUAAAUGUUAGUGUUGCCCUAAGUACCUUUCCAGAAGUCAGCAAAUGUAUUACAAAACAACGUUUUUGUGACGUCACUUAACAUUAAAAAUUAUGCUUUGACAUCCUGAAUUUUAUGCCUCCUAUUGCAUUUAAUAUAUGAAGCUGAGAAGUAAAAAUGUCAUUGUAUUGUGUUUUUCAGAAACUUUGCAUGUUUUCAUACAGUUUGGUAGAAUAUUGGUUAUUAACUGUUUUAUGUUUGGAUUCCUGACAUUGGAUUAGUGAAUGCUUUUCUGUAUUGACCAUUGGGUUGGUGUACAAAAUUCAUUAAUAAAUCUUAUUUACUGGAUUAAA